GGGAUUCGAACCCACGCGUGCAGAGCACAAUGGAUUAGCAGUCCAUCGCCUUAACCACUCGGCCACCUCGUCCGCGGGAGUCCUGCUGAGGAUCGCUUCUCUGGGGUCUGGACUCUUACUUCUCAUGAAGCGUGAGCACACCGUGUCGCAAAGUGAGUGCGUCGAGGGAUCCUGCCCAGCACCGCGAAAACGACUGUCAGGGCUAUGGCUGCAGAACAACCUUCUAGCCUGCGCGAGAGCCCGAACUUAUCGGUCGAGAGAUCGGGAGCGCGCGUCAGUCCUCAGCAGCCCUGCUUUCGGCCCACAUUUACAUUACCCAGGUCUACCACCAAAACUAUCGUGAGAUCGUUGGGCUCCCAUGACGGGGAGGAACGAGACUUCACGCCAGGGACCCUCCCCUUCCGGCCCCUACUAGGUGUUUCUUCCUUGACCUGGGCGGUGGGGCUCCAACAGAGUUGAAAAUGGGAAAACUGACCGAAAGAUGAGGGAAAAAAAAGAGCUGACCCCGACGUGAUUUGAACACGCAACCUUCUGAUCUGGAGUCAGACGCGCUACCGUUGCGCCACGAGGUCGGCCGGCCGUAAGGCUGCACAGAUCCCUUCAUGAUCACUGCUCGGACCGGCGGCCAGGGUCCCGGCGUUCGAGGCGCAAGAGCCGAAGACCUUCCAGAACCUCUAAAAUCCUGAGGCGUGGUGCCUGCGCACUCCCUCCCGCCACGUGGGACCCGCAGGGCCUGCCACACCCCGCAGGGCAGCGGCUUUGCGGGCUCCUGGCUCCGCUGAUCCUCCGACCCCGCCCCCGGCAUCUUGCAGAUGACCAGGUGGCCCAGAGGCAGUUACCUGGGGAACGCAGAACGCACAACUCAGCCGGGACGGACUUGCACAGAAAUACGUGGAAGGACGGAUACCUGGCGGAACGUGGUGGAGCCGUGCCAGAGCUCCGGCCACAUGGAGGUGAGAGAUUAGCUCCUCCAGCGGUGUGUCCUCCUGGGCCGCACGUUACAGUCGCCUGCACAGCUUUCCAGACAGCCACUCACACGCCCCAGAUUUGGAGAUUCUGAUUGAAAGGUCCAGGGUAGAACCCCAGCAUCGGUAACUUUGUCACUUUUUACAGUUCUGAAGAAUAAUUUACCUACAAUGAAAUGCACAGAUCGUAAGUAUUAUUUUGGUGAGUUUUAACAAAUUCAACCCACAACCCUUUCAAGAUGGAAGACUUUUCCUUCACCCUAGAAGAUUCAUUCUUGUCCUUUACCAAUUGAUCCCGGCUCCUCUCUUCCCAGAGACAACCACUGUUCUGAUUUCCAUCGCCAUUAAUACCUGUUUUUUAAAGCUCCCCAAGUGAGACAGAACCGGGGACUUCUAAAGAGGGAUACCAGAAGGUGGCAGAGACCUUCCCCAUUUGCUUCUUGAAGGAUGAGAGGAGUUCAAGGGGCCAAUAUGGCGAAAGAAGUCAGGCUGUGUCACUCUUAUCUUUGUCUAAAAAUGAUGUAUAAACAGUCUCCUUUGAUCACUUUGGCCGUCCUAGUUCUAUGAGACAGGUGCGUACAAAUUAAUUGGGUUUUUCCCUCCUUUCAGUGUCUUGAACCAAUUUAAUUAUUAGGUCUGUUCAAAGACCUCUGGGAAGAUUAAGGGGGAAUUUCCCUCUCCUGGACAGAACUAUUUGGCGAUGCCUGAAAUUCGCUUCAAAUUCGCUGUGGAACUGGGAGGGAUUGGCCAUGUAGUGGUGUAAUUGCUGAAGCAGAGUGGAAGACUUCAAAGAGGAUAUAAUACAGUGCUGGAAAUCAUGCAUCUUCUGAGCAGUUUCUAAGAGUGCUAUGGGAAGCAGCUUCCGGGCUACUCGGUAGUUUGGCUCAAAUGAAAUUUUCUUCAAUUCUUAUUUUAGAUCCUUUAUUGAUUAUUAUCAUUGGCAACGGGAAGAAGAGAGAUGAUGCAGUAAGAGGGUAGGGAAGUCCCUGUGAGGUUGUGCAUAUGAGAAAUGAACUCCGGCCAGAACUUUCCGUUCUGCCUGGAACCCUUUUGAGGCCCAAAGGUCAGGGAGGUCGCUGAUAGUCAGAGAUGCUUGGAUAGUAGCUGGGCAAAGUCGAGUGCCCACGCCUCAAAGAGAUACGGAAAUCCUUGCAGAGUCUGCAUCGACGCCCUCGCUCCCGGCCUCCCGGGACGCAAGGCCUCAUUCCCUGCCUCCACCCCCAUCCCCAGCCCUUUCUGGUCCUCUUUGUUCCCUCUCUUCCCCAAACACACCUCUUGGGGCACAUCCUAGUCCAAGAGAGCGGGCCACUUUCCGCAAUGUGCAAAUCCCUCACCAGUCUGAGCAAAGGUGUCUGGGGCGUGGGGGAGGGGGAACUAGAAUCAACGAAGGUGCAGGUAUGGGAUCCUCCAACGACCAGGGGCUCCGGGACAACAAGUGGCAGCCGGACAACAUAGGCACAUCCACCUCUCCACGUUCGGCCCGGGGCACGUGGGAGCUAAAGGAAUGCGGAGGAGGGAAGGAGAGAGAGCAUCCAGGCCUCAGGCAUAGACAGCCGUGUCCGGAGGUUCAUCCGGGACAACGCAGCAGGGGUUGGGGGUCGGGCUGCACCCGGUGUGGGCAUCCGGAGAAGAAGGGGGGGGUCCCAGGCUAGGCCCGGAGGGUUUCCGUUCGCCGGCGCUGCGCGGGCAGACUGGACGAUGCAGGGCAGCGCCACCGCACACUCGGUGCUGACCUCUCGGCUGCAAGUGACCAGGCAACGGAUCAUCGGCCUCCGCCGGGCCGGAAUCAACUGCGACGGAACCUGACUUGCAGUCCCCCGAGGGCACGCAGCUGCUUGACAGUUUAAUGCUCUCGCGAGAUUUUCAGAGAUCCGGUCGCAGCACCAGCUACCGCGGUUACCAAGGCAACUGGGCGGUGCCAGCGCGAGCGGGAAGGAGGCGAACGUCGAAUUUUUGUCUGCUAGCCUAGGAGACUUGAGGACUGGCCCUCCCCGAGUUUCCAGCCCUAGAGACCCCGGCCUCUGCUCCAGGCAGUACCCCGUCCCCUGGGGGCCAUGAGCCGGGUCUCGGGGCUCGUGCCCUCUCGCUUCCUGACGCUCCUGGCGCAUCUGGUGGUCGUCAUCACCUUAUUCUGGUCCAGGGACAGCAACAUCCAGGCCUGCCUGCCUCUCACGUUCACCCCUGAGGAGUAUGAGAAGCAGGAUAUUCAGCUGGUGGCAGCGCUUUCUGUCACCCUGGGCCUCUUUGCAGUGGAGCUGGUCGGUUUCUUCUCAGGAGUUUCCAUGUUCAACAGCACCCAGAGCCUCAUCUCCAUUGGGGCUCACUGUAGUGCAUCUGUGGCCCUGUCCUUUUUCAUAUUUGAGCGUUGGGAAUGCACCACGUACUGGUACAUUUUUGUCUUCUGCAGUGCCCUCCCAGCCGUCACUGAAAUAGCGUUAUUCAUCAGCGUCUUUGGGCUGAAAAAGAAACCUUUCUGAUACCUUCAUGACCGGAAGUACGGAUGAAGGCUGGAAGAGCGAGGGAUCGCUCACCGUUCCUGGAAGAAGGAAGUCAUAGGCUCCAGCUCUUCCUCCAAAACUGCGUCAUGGAGGGUAUCGGUGUAAUAGUAAUUAUCUCUCGAGUCUGAAAUUAUGUGUGCUUUGCUUAUAGUUCUUUGUAAUAAAUAUAUAUUUAGAAUA